AUGUCAAGACAAGAUGCUCUAUUUGUGGCCAUGAGGGACAUAAUAAGACUUGGCAUGUCAACUAAGGGCAACACAUCUCAACCAAGGAACAUUUGGCUCUUCUACAGUCCAUGGGGCAGUUUAGCCCAGCCUAAUCAGCCCAACCCAACUAGAGGCAUAUGGAGAGGUAGAGGUAUUACUACAGGAAUAGGGAGAGGAAAUGGGAGAGGACAAAUGCCAAAUGGAAAAGGAAAUGUUGGAAAUUGGAUAACAGAAAUGCCAAACAAGCCAUCAUCAUCACAACCACUCCCAUCAUCAUUACAACCACUCUCUUACACUGGAGCUACAUCAUCAUCAUCACAACCACCCAAGUCUCCUACCAAGAGAUUCAAGUCUCCUGCCAAUAAGCUUAGACCAUGGAUGUUUUGA